CCUCUGUAAAGGAUUAUCGCUGUCCUGCCUCUGUUUACUCUCCAAGUAAAGGACCUACAGUUAUUCAUCGUCUCUGUACCCUUCCCCACAACUGCAAGGAUCCAGAGGACGAUACAAGAAGACACAGAAGGCAGUGGAUCGAGUGGAAGUGACGGAGGAGACACAAGAUAUGAGGACGCCGCGACCCCGUGGAGUAAACUGUGGAGGAGAGGAUGAUCUCGGUGAUGAACGUGCGCGGGCAGGGGCAGGACGUGCGCUGGAAUGACAAGUACCGCUGCGUGCUGAGGCCAAGGGCAGGAGGUGACGAGGGCGGGGAAGGAGGCGUCGAGGACCAGGCAGGCCGUUUUGAUGAGCAGUCAGAGGCCAACAUCAAGUUCCUCCAGGAGAUUGGCGAGAUUUGCAAGGUUUGGGCCGGCAAGGAGAAGAAGAAGAGGGGGACAAAGAUCGGCAGGCUGCCGACACCCACCGCCUCGGCUCUGCACAUCACGUGCAAUGCCCUGCCCGCCUCCUGCAGGGACAUCAUCCUCCGCAAGAUCCCCGGGGUCGAGUAUGUGUGCAUGGGGAAGGCCAACUCUGACCCGACUGAGCACUCUUUCGGCAAGCGCCGCACCAUGUGCGGCGCCAACUACUGGACGAGCGUGCAGAACUUCAUGGUGAGCAACAGGUUGGCCCAGCGCCUGCAUUUGCUGAAGCUCGUCGGGUUCUUCCCCGGGGACGUGCAGGCCGACCUGGACCGGGCCAAGGCAGAGGAGAAGGAGGACGACGAGUUGAUCUUGGCCCAGCUUGCCAGGGAGCUGGCCGACGACCAGCCGGACCCGCCGACGGACGAGUUGCUCCUCGCCGCGGUCGGCAACUACGCCGGCUACCUGGCCAGGAAGGUCCAGGCCAACUCCUCUGUGGCCGAGUGCUGCAAGCAGGAGCUUGCCCAGCAGGAGGAGAUGAAGAUUACCGUGGAGCUCGAGAGGGCGACCCGCCCUCUGUGAUGUUCGACGCCCUGGUCGAGCUGGUCGACAGGGAGAG